AUGGACACAAGUUUCUCCCAAAGGAAGCGAAAGCCAACGGCGAGCGAAAAAGCAACGGCAAAAUAUUAAAUAGGAAAUGAGUGAGUGAGAGAGGGGGAGAGAGCUCUCUUAACGUUUGCAUCGCCUGUCACCACCGAGCUCCAAUGGGACUGAUACCGCCAUACUGAUGACGGAUUGCUGAGCACAGCAAGCAAAAGCAGCAGGCACCUCAAUUCUUGUCCUCUGUUGCUUACCUCACGCUCGGUUUUUAUGAUUUCCACCUUCACGCUCUCCAAGUAAAUCGAGCAACUUGAAAACCCUAGCGGAGCUCUGCAAUCUUAUCCUCACCAAUUUCCUGAACCUUCUCGCUUCAUCUACUGGGAAAUGGAUGGCUCCGGCUCCAUUUCCACCCCACCGCCAGAUGAAUGGCGACUUGCCCACCAACGGUUGUUUCCUCAGUGGCAAUCCCUUGCUCUUUCUCACCAGGCUCAGUUACCAAUUGCCAUUUCUAGGGUAAACCAAUUUGAUGCAGGGAGGCUCGAUGUUGAAAUGGCAGCAAUGUUGAAGGAACAGUUGGUCAAGGUCUUCUCAUUAAUGAAGCCAGGGAUGUUAUUUCAAUACGAGCCGGAACUUGAUGCGUUCCUCGAGUUUCUGAUUUGGAGAUUCUCUAUUUGGGUAGAUAAGCCUACUCCUGGCAAUGCGCUUAUGAAUCUGAGGUAUCGAGAUGAACGUGCGAGUGAACUAAGGGGAAAAGGUAAGAAGGUCUGCAUUUCCUUUAUCAUGCUUUCAGCUAACAUGACUAGCGUAAGAAAAGUUGCUUUGAUGAACUGUUAUACCCCAGGGGUUUGGUGUCAACGAGCAGUGAGAACAGGUUUGGAAGGACCUGGGCUUACCGUUGGUCAGAAAAUGUGGUAUUGCAUUGCUACCGUGGGUGGUCAGUACUUCUGGGCACGAUUGCAGUCAUUCUCUGCUUUUCGUAGAUGGGGAGACUCUGAACAGCGGCCACUGGCACGCAGAGCUUGGGUUUUGAUACAGCAUAUUGAAGGACUUCAUAAAGCUGCUUCUUUUGCAAAUCUACUCUUAUUUCUUUACACAGGAAGGUUCAGAAAUCUUGUUGAACGGGCUUUGAGAGCCAGGCUUGUCUAUGGAAACCCGAAUAUGAAUAGAGCUGUUAGCUUUGAGUACAUGAAUCGUCAAUUGGUGUGGAACGAAUUCUCAGAGAUGCUGCUUUUACUUCUUCCGCUUCUCAACUCAUCAUCCUUCAAAUCCCUAUUUAGUCCAUUCUCAAAGAAUAAGUCCUCAAGUUCCAAGUCAGAUGAUGGUUCUUGCCCAAUAUGCCAAGCUACUCCAACCAUCCCAUUUCUUGCUCACCCAUGUCAACAUAGGUACUGCUACUACUGUCUUAGAACACGUUGCUCUGCAGCUCCAUCAUUCCGGUGCCCCAAAUGCAAUGAACCCGUGGUGGCGAUGCAGCGAGAUGGUGGUUCGACUACUAAUCAAACAAAUCCCCAAUCGAUAGAUCAUUAGAGGGGAAUUAGUGCAAAGAAAUCUCUCAUUUCUCCCCUUGUAUUGUAUACCCAGUUUACUGUAUAAAAAGAGUAUGCCUGAACUGGGCAUAUAUAUAUAGAUCAUGAUUGAGGAUGGGAGGAAUCAGAAUUUUUAGUGGUCAACCAUCUUUGUCUUCCCAACCCUAGACUGGAGUAGGGGAAAAUGAAAGUGAGGGGUAGGGUUCUCAAUUCUUUGGCCAUCUCUCUUUGCAUCAUUUUAAUAAGUUGUUUUACCCUCUACUAGCUCUUCUGUGAACUUCAUGUCUCAUUUCAUUAGGUCCAGAUAAGUUAGGUGGUGAUAUUAGAGAAUCCUUUUGACCAAGCGUUGUUUAUCAAACGUCUGGAGUCCUAUUUUGAGACUUGUAUAUCUAGUCUUAUAAGUAUUAG